AUACCAACAUGAACCAUUAAUGACAUCAUCAUAAAUUAUAACAGUAAAAUAAAAAGGCAUACAGACAGUCUCCAAUCCAAGCCCAGCGAUCCUUCUCCCUCCAUUGCAGCGUCUGCUUCUUCGCAGAUGCCAAACCCUAAACCCAAACUCUCCUCUCCCCAACCACAACCACAAUGUCGUCGUCGUCGUCGUCUCUCCCCAAAACCCCAUCCUCUCCCCCCUCUCCGCCUCCCUUAGACAGCUCCGACGCCGACCGCCGCCUCCGAGAGGCCGAGGACCGCCUCCGCGAUGCCAUCGAGGAGCUCCAGCGCCGCCAGCGCUCCGCCGCAGCUCGUGGGCCCCAGCACCUCCCGCCUUGCGACCACGCCAGCGACGAGUCGUGUAUCGCCCACGCCAUUGGCAAUCUCUGCCAGAGCUUUCUCUUGUCGUAUGGCGUACGAGUCGGAAUUGGCAUCCUUCUUCGCGCUUUCAAGCUCGCCCGCAGACAGUCGUACUCUUCGCUCCUCGAUCUCAAGCAACUAGUCUCAGAAAAAGAUCUCAUUGUAAGAGAAGAAGCAUGCCGAAUCGGUUUAUUUUUUGGUGGCUUUAGUGGUUCUUAUCAUGCUCUUAGAUGCUUGUUGAGAAAGUGGAGAAAGAAAGAGACACCAUUGAAUGCAAUUUUAGCAGGUUCAGUUGCUGGUUUGUCUAUUUUAGCGUUAAAUGACUCAAACCGAAGGCGCACACUUUCUAUGUACUUAUUGGCCAGGCUAGCCCAGUGUGCUUAUAAUUCUGCGAAGUCUAAGAACAAGUUUCACUUUUGGGGAAGCCAUUGGAGGCAUGGGGAUUCUCUACUUUUUUCAAUUGCAUGUGCACAGGUUAUGUAUGCUUUUGUAAUGCGUCCUGAGAGCUUGCCAAAAUCUUAUCAAGAAUUUAUCCAGAAAACUGGGCCAGUUGCACAGCCUGUGUACAAGGCUAUAAGGGAAUGUUGUAGAGGUUACCCUGUGGAUAUUGCCUCACUAUCUGAUUAUUUGUCUGAGAGAACGAAAUCUGACUCUAUAAAGUUGGAAGAGUAUCCAUCCAUAUUUCCUUGUUCUGUUAUUCAUCCAGACGCAAAUUCUUGUUUAGCUCACAAUGCAAUUGCAACAUCAGCUACCUUUAGGAAAACGUUUCCACUUUACUUCUCUUUGACAUUUGUACCAUUCGUUGUUCUCCGCCUGCAGAAGUUCAUGGAGGCCCCUGCUCGUACCUUUUUGGUUGCUCUUAAAGAUGCUGUUCGCUCAACAACAUUUUUGUCUGCUUUCGUUGGGAUCUUUCAGGGUGUCAUAUGUUUGCAUAGAAAAGUUGCAUCAAAGGACCACAAGCUUCUAUAUUGGAUUGCUGGUGGAAUAUCUGCUCUUUCUGUUUUACUGGAGAAAAAGGCUAGACGUGGUGAACUUGCUCUUUAUGUUCUUCCGCGAGCAGGAGAUUCUUUGUGGUAUAUCUUAGUAAAUCGCCACCUGCUUCCAGAUAUUAAAAAUGCUGAGGUGUUUUUGUUUUGUUUAUCUAUGGGAGGAAUCAUGUACUACUUGGAACAUGAGCCAGACACUAUGGCUCCAUUUCUCAGGGGUCUGAUCCGUCGGUUCCUUGCUAGCAGAAUAAGCAACCCUGUCUCUGCGUCCAAUAGGAGUUCCUCCUACACAUAUUUGCAGAGUCUUGAUGCCAUGAAGAAGCCGAAGCCCUUAGAUAGUCGUCGUACUGAAUCACCUUCCGAGAAGUAUAAUCUUGAAUCAAUACCGGGGCUGUGAAGGGUUGAGGUGGAGACUCUCCUGCUCCCAAUUUUUUUUUCCUGGGAGUUUCAAUAAAUAAUAUGUAUUGGGACUCGACAAUGUUAAAAUUUUCUCUUGUUAGCUUUACAAAGGAAAAAAAAGAAGCAAGUAUUUCAUUUUUUGUCUCAUUUUCUGUAUGGUUUUUUGUAUAGAGUUGAAGUUGUGCAUUGAUGUACUUGAUUUUGAAGACAAGAACUACAAUGGAAGGCAGUUGCCAAUUUUUUUUAUAGCAGAUA